AUGGCUCCAAAAACUGGUGAAAGUAAUUUGAUUGAUGCAGCAACACAAUCACAUAACGAAGGAAAUUCAUUGUCUGCAAAUGACCAAAAAGAGGAAAUUUGGUCUUCCAUUUUAAAAAGUGUUGCUUCUUCAAAAAUAACUCCAAGUAAAAGCAUACUGAUUUUAGGUGACAGAGAAUCAGGAAAAACAACUCUUAUUAGACAUCUUAAGGGUGAAGAAGAAGAGGAUGCUUUUGAAGCACCAAUGGUUAAUGGCGGUGCUCUUCCAAAUGUUAAAGAUGAUGAGGCAGAAGAUACCCUUGCUCGUCUUGGAAUAUAUCAACUUGCUGGUUCUGAAGAUGCUUAUCGGCCACUUCUUAAAUUUGCUCUUAAUUAUAAAACUCUUCCAGAUUCACUUGUAGUAAUUGUUUUAGAUUGGACACGUCCUUGGACUUUUAUUGAAACAUUACAACGAUGGAUUAAAUUUAUUGAAUCGAGUAUUAAGGAUGUAUGUAGUGAAGGAGGCACUGGUUCAAAAUCUGGUUGGACCAAGGGAAAAGCUGUUGUUGAUGAGUUAAAAGAAUCACAAUUACCUUUAGGGCCUGGUACUUUGACUACAAAUUUAGGUAUUCCGAUCGUAGUAGUUUGUACUAAGUCUGAUAAUGUUGAACGUGGAUUUGAUUAUAAGGAAGAGUUGUUUGAUUUCAUACAGCAAUCUUUAAGAACCAUUUGUCUUAAAUGUAAGAUAAUAAGUGGUAGUGGUACUGCACUUUUUUACACAACAAUUCGUCAAGAACAAACAUUUACUGACUUACGACAAUAUAUUCUUCAUAGACUACUUGGUACAAAAGCGUUAUCAGGUGAUGCAAAGGCAACAUAUGCCUUCAGUAAAAAAGCUCAUGUUGUUGAUCGCGACACAGUGAUGGUCCCUAGUGGUUGGGAUUCUUGGGGAAAGAUUAAAAUUUCAAAAGAAGGAUUUGAUUGUGAGGGUUUACUUAAUGGUUGGGACUUAGAUAUGGGUUAUAGGGAUUCAUCACCACAAGAAGGUGAAGAAAUUGUCAGCUCCAAAAAAAUUUAUGGAGAUACCGUACCUAAUGUUGACGCCCCACUCUCAGCUCAACCACUUAUUGAAGCAGAAGAUGAACAAGAAUUCUUUCAAAGGCAUUUUGAUACCUUACAGAAAGCCAAUAAUGAAAGACCACCAUCAGUUGUUGGUCCAAUGGGUGCUCCUCAAUAUACAUAUGGAAAUAUUGGUGCUGAGAUUCCUGAUCUUGACUCUGCCCCAGUCGAAAAUUUACCUGUCAGACCAACAAAGACAAAGCCUGCCGCAGCUAUACCAGCGCCAACAGCACCAAUUACAAGUGGAAUCACGGUUGCGCCUAACAAUGCAUCUCAACCUAAUCAAAACGAAGUUCUUGCCAACUUCUUCCAAGCUUUACUCAUCAAAAAAGGCACAGCAGCAUCAUCAUCACCUUCAUUAAAGUUAGAAGGUGUUAUAAUUCUUUGGUUACAUUGGUAUCAACAAAGGUCUAUGAUUUACAAAUCUGAAAAUCUUCAUUAG